GACCAACACCAGUGAGCAACUGGAAGGCGAAAGGCUGCAUUUUUCCUUACUAUGGCUGCACCAGGCGAACUUUUGAUGCUGGAAAACUUCAUAGAUGGGAAAUUUUUACCUUGUGACUCAUAUAUAGAUUCCUACGAUCCUUCCACAGGGAAAGUGUACUGCAAGGUGCCAAAUAGUGGGAAAGAUGAGAUUGAAGCCGCUGUCCGGGCCGCCAGAGGGGCCUUUCCUGGCUGGUCGUCCCGGAGCCCCCAGGAGCGCGCACAGGUGCUGAGCCGGCUGGCCGACUUGCUGGAGCAGUCCCUGGAGGAGCUGGCCCAGGCGGAAUCUAAAGACCAAGGGAAAACCCUAACGAUGGCAAGAACCGUGGACAUCCCCCGGGCUGUACAGAACUUCCGGUUCUUCGCUUCCUCGGUCCUGCACCACACGACAGAGUGCACACAGAUGGACCAGCUGGGCUGCCUGCACUACACGGUGCGGACUCCCGUGGGAAUCGCUGGGCUGAUCAGCCCUUGGAACCUGCCCCUCUACUUGCUGACUUGGAAGAUCGCUCCCGCCAUUGCUGCCGGGAACACCGUGAUAGCCAAGCCCAGUGAGCUGACUUCAGUGACCGCGUGGAUGUUGUGCAAGCUCCUGGACAAAGCAGGUGUUCCACCAGGUGUCAUCAAUAUUGUGUUUGGAACAGGACCCAGGGCAGGUGAGGCCUUGGUGUCCCACCCAGAGGUGCCCUUGAUCUCCUUCACUGGGAGCCAGCCCACUGCUGAGCGGAUCACCCAGCUCAGUGCUCCCCACUGCAAGAAGCUCUCGCUGGAGCUGGGGGGCAAGAAUCCUGCCAUCAUUUUUGAGGAUGCCAACCUAGAGGAGUGCAUUCCAACAACCAUCAGGUCCAGCUUUGCCAACCAAGGUGAAAUCUGCCUCUGUACCAGCAGGAUCUUUGUGCAGAAGAGCAUCUACAGUGAAUUUUUGAAAAGAUUUGUAGAAGCUACCAGGAAAUGGAAAGUGGGUAUUCCUUCUGACCCAUCAGCCUGCAUGGGUGCUCUGAUAAGUAAAGCACAUUUGGAGAAAGUCAGAAGUUACAUCAAGAGAGCCCAAGCUGAAGGGGCCCGUAUUCUGUGUGGAGAGGGAGUAGAUAAGUUGAAUCUUCCCCUCAGGCAUCAGGCAGGCUACUUCAUGCUUCCCACGGUGAUAACAGACAUUAAAGAUGAGUCCUGUUGCAUGCAGGAAGAGAUAUUUGGCCCAGUGACGUGUGUCGUCCCCUUUGAUAGUGAAGAGGAAGUGCUCAGAAGGGCCAACAACGUUAAGUAUGGGCUGGCGGCCACUGUGUGGUCAAGCGACGUGGGCCGUGUCCACCGGGUGGCGAAGAAGCUGCAGUCAGGUUUGGUCUGGACCAACUGCUGGCUCAUCAGGGAGCUGAACCUGCCUUUUGGGGGCAUGAAGAGCUCAGGGGUAGGAAGAGAAGGCGCCAAGGACUCUUACGACUUCUUCACAGAAAUCAAGACCAUCACUGUCAAACACUAAUCAUUGCCCAUGGAGCGCCUGCUCCAGCCAACACCCAGCAGCAGAGAAUCAGUGUCCAGUGUGGCAAAUGGAAAUGCUACCAUACACGUCAGCCCUGUCCUGACCCUGCAGGGUGUCAUCUCUAGUUUAUCCUCAGCAGGUAAUGUUCUUCACCAGCUAGUGAAGAGAUGUUGUCUAUUUUCUGUAUGCACUGGAGCAAAAGAGACUUCUGAAUAGGAUGGUGCAACAACGAAGCCCAGUGAUCACCAAUCUCCUCUCAGGUUAUAUCUUCAUAGUAUUUUCGCCAUCAUCUUGAUUGACUUCUUGGGGAUAACUAAUAACAAGACACAUUCAUUUGCAAAGAUAGGGUUAAAAAUCUAUCAACCUGAGAAAAAUCAAUUUACCAUUUAAUUUCUGCUUUUGAGGAGGCUGUGGAGAUGGGCUCCUGCUCCAUCUAGUGUGGUUAGCUGAUCUCUUGUAGUUCAUUACGCAGAGGGAGAGUGAACAUCUUUGGAAUUUGUUAAAGGGGCUUGCACUAUUGAUCGUGCUAAAUAUACCUGUACAAGACAGAGAAAAAUGAAGCAGCUACUCUACUUUUGGAUGGAAAAUUUGGAACACAAAGAGAAAAUAGUGUGAUUCAUUUCUACUGUUAAUUGUAAGCAAUUCUAAUUCUGAGUGUAAAUGAGGCUUACAGUUUACUACUCCUACAAGAAGUAAUAAAUGUUAAGUAAUUUUCAUAACAAGCACAGCA